AUAAAUAAAAUUUAUAUUCUUUAAUAAUUAAAUAUAUAUAUACUUGUACGUCCGACGUUUAGAGCAGUUUUAAAAUAUGAAAAGAUAAAAGGUGACAUAAAUCUAUUGACAAUGACAUCUAAAUGCCAAACAAUGGCGAUUGGAGUGGAUACAUCGAAAUGGAAACCGAGAUCUUUAAAAGGAACUCCCGCAGCUAAAGCUGGAUAUAUUAUUAGUGCAUGUGUUCUCGGCUCUGGUUUCAUGAUUGGCGCAUUUUACCAAUUCUCAGGAUUAACGAGGAAUUUAAGAAAGAACAUAGAGCCGAUAUAUGAAGAUCCGAUUGAGGUUGUUGAGAGGAAGCAGUUGAUAGCAAUCGGCCUACCGAACAGGUCUGGUGAUAAAAUCAGACAACUCAUGGAAGAAGAGAGUAGACCAGAUUUACCAGACAAAUAAAAUGAAAAGUAGCGAUAGGUGGGCCGAUGUAAUAUGAUUUGUAAAUAAAGUAUGUAGUAUAUUAACUGUUUUUUACUUCUCACCAGUUGCAAAGUUGUAAGCAAAUAUUUUGUUAAAGAAACAGUGAUGGAUGACAGUUUUUCUGAUUUUAAAGAGAAGAAAAAAUGCAAAAUUGGCCCAAAGACUGUUCAAAAAGGUAAAACCAGACAAAAGAAGCCACUGAAACCUUCAAAAGGCCAAAAAGAUAUCAGAUCUUUGAUAAAAAAGAACGAAAUUGUAUCCUACAGUAAAGACUUCAAUGAAGUUUGCAAACAAAGUGGAAUAGAUGUUGAUGCGGAACAGUUACAGCUUGCUAUAGCAUUGUCAAAAUCUCUUGAUAGCUUCCAAUCUUCAACUGGCAGUACAUCAGAAGAAGUUGAAGUACAAGAUAAACUGUCUUCUCAAGAACGAUCAGCUAAGAUCAGAUCUACUUUACAAGAGUAUGGUUUUAAACUCAAUGGUUCAAAACUACCAUCAGUCAUUCCGAAUAAAAGGAAAAAAUAUAGCAAGCAUUCAAAAUUGCUUAGAAUAUCAAAUGAGGAAAGACAAACAAAAAUUUCAGAUAAAUAUGCCAAAGUCUUAGCUUUAAAUUGUCAAACUGUAGUUGAUAUAUCCGAUGACAAUUAUUUGAAGGAUGGAAUAUUCUACAAGGCCACAAACAUUUCAUAUGAGCAUAUUAAGAAUAAUGAUGUAUAUUAUGUUUCUAAUUUAAUAGAAAAGGCCAAGCACAGAUCAUGUCUAUUAAGAAAUUGGUCGGAAAUCCCAGGACGACCGGCCAGUCCUGAGCUAUCCCUUAAUGAUAUUGAUUUCUAUGCCAUCCAAUGCACUCGACAAGAAAUGGAUGAAAUACUCAGCAGUUCCAUCGAUGUCACACAAAGUAUUAUUAGAAGCAAACAAAAUUGUAUUGAGGAAGAUUCUAAUAAAAUUGUACACAGUAAUACGAAAUUGAUAGAACGAGGUCUAUCGAAUGCAUUUUCAACAAUACAUACAAGUCCGGAAGUUAUCUAUAAUGAAUUGGACGAUUCUAACAAAGUAAACAAUCGUUCGAAACUGGACACAAAAGACGUUCAAACCUUAGACGUGUCCGAUCAUAAUGAAGUACAAAUAGUAGGUUUUAAUGAAAACUCUGGAGAAGACAAAGAGCCAGAGCAUGGAGAAGAUAGUAUUGAUAAUAAUUUAAAAGUGUACAGAAGUACUUCACCAGAUCUAUUUGAUGAAGAAUGUUCUAUAGUAGAUAAAAACUAUUCAAUAAUAGAUAACGCUGAAAAAAAUCACACAAUUUUUAUGGAUCUAACAGAAUCGGAAAAUAAUUUAAACACACAGAAGUUGGAAUCGACUAAGAAUAAUUCAAAUAACAUAAUUGAAAUAAUAGACUGCGUUGAUUACAACGCGCACAAAGAUAAAGAUAAAAGAAAGUCAAUUGAUCCUAAAGAUAGAACAGGAAGUGCUAAUAGAAAUACGGAUAUUGGAAAUAAUAUUGAUCACGUACUGUCAGAUAACGAUGAAAACUCAGAAAUGAUCGAUCUGACACAAGGACCGAAUUUGAUCGAUGAAUUACCGAGUAUUGAUCUGGGAAACAAAAAUACGUCGGUGGAACUUGAUGACACGAUAAUUUACGAGAAUCAUGAACAAGUUAUAUCUGAACCUACAAAUGAGGCAAUAAAUAAAUCAAAUCAAAUAACAGAUUUCAAUAUACACUCCAAUGGUACCACCAUUAGGGAUGUAAUUGGAAUUACAAACGGCAAUAUACAGGGUGUAGAUGCUAGCGAUAUAUGCGAUGGAGAUGUUGAAAAUUGUGAACUUGUGAAUAUUGAUCUAACCCAAAGUUCUAGAGAAGGUGUAGGGAAUUGUUCUAAUCGAGAGCUUGUUGAUGAACACGCUGAAAAUGUUAAUGCAUCUGACAGUGAUGUAUCAAUAUAUAGUGUUAAAGGUUUGUCGUUGGAUAAUAAUUUGGGAAAUGGAAUUGAUGUUAAUGAUACACUUACACUUGACAGUGAUAAUGAUAAUGAUAAUAAUGUGUUACAGAGAACAGCAAGUGUAUCAUUAAAUAAUGAUAUGGAAAUAGAAGACGUCGUAGAUAGUUGUGUACUGGAACAUUCGAAUCAUGGUUCAUUUGUCAUCGACAAUGAUAAUGAUAAUAAUGUAUUAUUGCAGAAGAAAAAAGCAAAAAGUGUAUCAUUAAAUAAUGAUAUGGAAAUAGAAGACGUCGUAGAUAGUUGUGUACUAGAUCAUUCGAAUCGUGGUUCAUUUGUCAUCGCCAUCGAUAAUGAUAAUGAUAAUAAUGUACUAUUUCAGAAGAAAAAAGCAAAAAGUGUAUUAUUAAAUAAUGAUAUGGAAAUAGAAGACGUCGUAGAUAGUUGUGUACUAGAUCAUUCGAAUCGUGGUUCAUUUGUCAUCGCCAUCGAUAAUGAUAAUGAUAAUAAUGUACUAUUUCAGAAGAAAAAAGCAAAAAGUGUAUCAUUAAAUAAUGACAUGGAAAUUGAAGAUUUAGAUGAGUGUGUGAGUUUAGAUGGACAUUCGAAUCAUAGCUUCAAUGAACUGAACAAUGAUCACCAUAAUUAUAACAAUAUAUCAUCAAAAUCAAAAAGAAAAUCAAAAUGUUUAUCACUAGAUAGUUCUGAGAUUCAAAAUAUAGAUAAUUACUAUGCACUAGAACAAUCGGAUGAUGAUUCGCUUAAAAAAUUUAAAAAUGUCGACAUUGACUUAACACAAGCAUCGGACAAAUCAUUCGACGAAAACGAUCAAAUUAAAAUAAAUGGAGAUAUUAUUGAAGUUGUAGAUGGAAUUGUAACGACUGAACAUGGCCGUUGUGAUACUGAUUUACAACAAAAUAAUGAUAUCGGUUUUACCGAUGAAGCUAAACACGGUAAUAGUGGACUGGGUGAAGCGGACGAUAAUUAUAUAGACUGUGAUGUUAUGUUUGAUGAACUUAUGUCACAGAGUAAAAUAUCAAAUAGAAAUAGCAGCAAAGAAGUAUCGGAACAAAAUUCUGAGGUGUUCGAUCUAUCUGAUAGGGAAUUAAACUAUUCUUUACAUCGUUCUUUACAUCAGGACGUCAUUGAUGAUGGAAAUAUAGAUCUACCGUCAAUUAAUUUAUCACAACAUACACCUGUCAAAGGUGAUGUAUCCAAACGGCAUAUAAAGACUCCGAUAAAACUAAAUGAUGAAGUAAUAAUUCAAAGUCCGGGUAACGAUGAAUAUAUAAUAAAAACCAGUCCAGUGACUCCCAUGGCUGACUAUGAGGCUAUGACUACACCGGAGAGGAAUAAAGAAUUGGAGAAAUAUGGACUUAAACCAUUUAAAAGGAAAAGAGCAAUACAACUGUUGACAUAUGUGUACAACCAAACACAUCCGAUUAUACAAAGCUGUUCUCCCGGAGAGGGUCCAUCCAAGAAAUUUAAAAGCACCCAAGAAAGAACACCAAACAAGAAAAAACCAAUGUCCAGAACACCGAAAAAAUGUUUAGAUUUUGGAACUGAAAUUAACGAGGAAAGCAAUAUAUAUGUUGUUACAAGUGAAGUGCCGGAGAUCAGAAAUGUUGAAUGCGAUCCAAGUGAUUGGAUUUUCCAGACCAAAGAAAAGGCCAAGGUACACUCGUGCCGAAUCCCGCUCCAUAUAGCUUUCUACAACUACGUAUCGUGUAGGAAACUGUUACGGGAAACGAUAUUGAAAUACGAACCGAUCAAUAUAGAUGUUAUACAUAAACAGCUGCUUGGUUACGGAUAUAAAUAUAACCCAAAGGAUCUCCUAAAAUUCAUGGACAGGAAAUGUAUAACUGUGAAAACCGUAGAGAACAAUUCGAGGAACAGAAAGUCGCAAGAAUAAUCAUGGAAUUGUAUUGAAAAAUUAACUUAUAAUAAAUAUUUUUUACAUUUUGACAGA